GAUUAUGUACAUAAGGUUUUAAGACCUGUCAAUGCCACCUACACGUCAAUCAAUGUCAAAAUUUGACAGAUGACAUUUAACAAAAUAGUGGAGUGUUCUCCAACAAAAAUAAAUAAAUAAUAGACAAAAUGUAAUAAAAAUGAAACUACCAGAAUAAUAACGAUGACAAAUUCAAGUAAAUCAAGCUUGUGUUCUUUGAAAAAGGAAUCCGUACAAGACAGAUUACUCACUUUUGCUAUUAAAAAUCUAAUCAAGAGAAUAAUUAUUUGUAUUCGAACAUUAUGCUGCUUUCCUUUAGACAAAAUAGUGCCCAGGGACCACACGAAAAAUAUCAUACCACGGCCAAGAGUAUCCGACAGUAACGCUUCUAAAGCUAGGAGCCUGGGAUCAUCAAACAAAGCGGUUAAAACCAAAAGGUCCAAACACAGCCUUUUUAGAGGGAAAAGUUUAAAAAAGAACUUCGCCGAGCCCUCGAUAAUCAUGUCGCAACCAGAAACGAAAAUAGAUUCGGAAAGUACGGUGCCAACUAUUGAUACUUCGAUAAAAACUGAGGUUAAGUCUCGCGAAAAUAGAUGGAAAAGUAUAAUGCGGAAGGCUCCAUGCAAAUGCAAUAAAAGAUGGAUGAAACAGUAUGACUUAAAACCGCGGGAAAACUUCACGAGUUCGUGCACAGAUAACGAAGACUCCGCUGGGGACGGUCCACUGACGCCCGCAUUGGCCAAAAAAAAAACUAGACCAUUAAGAUGGAAUCUGGUCCAAGAACAGAGCUUUGAUAAUCCAUACGUUGAAUAUUUGAAAAAAGAUGUUGUGCGCAGAGUUUGUUUAGAAACAUGAAUAAAGUUGUAGAAAAUGUU